UCAGCUUCCCUGUGCCUCCCUCGAGCUCGCCUGUAACCAUGGUCAAGGACAAGAAGGCAAGCGAGUUCGCCACGCGCGACUACACCAUCCACCUCAGCAAGAGGUUGUAUGGCGUUACCUUCAAGAAGCGCGCGCCGCGGGCCGUGAGGGAGGUGAAGAAGUUCGCGCAGCAGAUGAUGAAGACCAGCGACGUGCGCGUGGACGCCAAGCUCAACAAGUUCCUUUUCUCCAAGGGUGUGCGCAACGUGCCCACCCGGGUGCGCGUGCGCCUUUCGCGCAAGCGUAACGAGGACGAGGAGGCCACUGAGAAGCUGUACACCCUUGUCCAGCACGUGGAAGUGGCCAACAUCAAGGGCCUUCAGACCGAGAACUACGACCAGGCCUAGACCAUCUGUCUGUACGGGGUUGCACGCGCUCGAUGAACUUUUGCCGUUGCUUCGAUCUAAAAAAGGAAGCUGAUGUAGCACUUGGUUGAGCUAUGCCAGCGACAUCGGGUAGAAAAGCCCGAUUUAGUUUUCGGGUCAACUUCAGGAUAGAGGGGGUGGGUUGUGGGAGAAGAAGCGUGUUCUUCUGCUCUGCGAGUGAUUUUCGGCGUAGCGGCGACGUUUGUCUUCGCUCUUGCCCCACACCGGCAAAGCACAAGAGCGCACGGUGGGAAGCAAAAACAUAAAAAAAAAUCAACAAAUCUCUGUUUGGAGUGUUCUAGGCAGGCAGUAAGUGGCGAACCACUCAUCCUGAGUGGCAUGUCCCGCCACCUGCUGAACGGGGUAUUUCGGACAGCGGUAUCUCGUACAAGUUUUCUCUGUUCGGUGAUGCUGUAUACGUACGUACAGUCAGAUAUCGGUAGCUUGAGGCAGCAGGGCAACAACCUGUUUGCCUGUGGCGCGAUCUGUUUCGAUGUUCGGUCAUCGUCACCUUGUUCAAAACCGAAAUUUGGUCGUCUCCAGCCGCCCUAGCAGGUCCACGGGCAGGUGUAGGUUAUUCUAUAUGGCUUUAUUUCAGAUAUGCUGUCCGCGGUGAUCAGCCCGACCGUGUUGUCAUCUCGUGCUCCAUUCAACCGCGGUUCUUUUGCUGCCUUGGUUAGCGCUUGGCCGAUGCUUCCACUCGAGGACGUUUGCGAGCUCUCUCCCACUUGGUUCUACACAUUGCGAGUGACGAUGUCAU